AUGUUCUCUUUCGUCGUCUUGAUUUCCCUAUUCGCUUCGUCCGCACUGGCAUUAUACAUUCCCCCCUCGAACCUCCUACUCGAUCAGGACUCUACCGAAUACAUCGUAGCAUCCCUUGCUGCAUCCAAUAAUCACGGCGCUCCUAUCCCUCCUGAGUCUGCUGGUUCCACUCCAGGAUGGUACUAUGGUGACGAACCAGGUUCGGCAGACGGACUUCCGUGGAUGAAGGAUGUUGAUUUAUGUGCAGUUCUCGCGCAAACUCCCAAUGCUCUUCGCUGUCCUACAGCCACACCAACGCCAACCAAGUCGUUGCCAAAACGCUCUGCAGCUGUCGCCGCUGCCACAGCUUCUGCCUCUGCUACUGCCUCCGCUACUCCUUCUUAUUACACCGUAUUCAGUGGCCUCACAGGUGCUAUCUCAGCUUCAGGUUAUCUAACUUAUGGCUUAGUUGAUACCGUUGCCAACUGUGAGGCAAUGUGCAACAAAGUUUCCGGUUGUGUUUUCGUCAAUUCCUACCACGAUGUGAAUGGCAAAAACGGCAGUCCUUUGCUCACAUGCUCGCUAUACUCCAAAGUGCACACUGCAUUACAAGCCAAGAAUUACGGAGGGCAGACUCAGCCCGAUGGUUCCGUCGAUUACAUUACGAACAGUGAUGGCUAUGCCUUGAGUACCUGA